GUUCUUUGAUUGUACUUCUCUGGCGGAGAAGAAUGGCACCGCUAAGUUCCUUUCAGGCUGGAAGGCUCCUCGCAAUUGCCGCUAUCGUUGUGGUCGCCACGAGACCCAUCGAAGGUUUCGUGCGAGAGGAAUGCGGGUAUCUAAAAGCAUCAGGCGCACCACCAUCUACAGCCCAAGAUGAGCCAACCCCUCGGAGCCGCCGCCCUCUGGCCUGCUGUCGGUCUUCCUGUGUCUUUCCUUCUACCCCUCUUCCUUUCCCGUCGGACUCCCUGGGCAUGUUACGAAUACGGGGCGGGGGGGCCAAAGUGGCCCCCAAGAGGAUGUCGGGAACGGGAGGAGGUUCGGAUGCAGCGUCGAAACCCAUCCUGGGUCCGAUCACGAGACGUAGGGCUGCGGACUCUGCCGGGGAGAAGGGCGAGGAUGGAAAGGAGGACGGUCAGCAGGAAUUUGCGCCGCAGUUCCUGGACUUCGAGUCCAGGGUCGGUUUCAUGAAGAAGGUUUACCUGACGCUUAGCAUCCAGCUGGUGUACACGGGUCUGGUGUGUGCCGCGAUGAGGGGCUACCGAGAUGCAAUCCUCGGGGUUCUGUUCGGACAUGGCACCGUCCCGCAGAUCCUGUUCUUCAUUAGCACGUUCGCGACCAUCAUUUCUACGCACACGAUUAUGUGGAAAAACCCCGAGCUUCGCCAAAGCUUCCCGAAGAACCUCCCGUUACUCACGGCGUACACGACGGCAUGGGCACUCUACGUCGGCGUGUUUUCCCUGAUGUUCACCAAGGGCUCGGUGAUGCGGGCGGUCUUCCAGUCGGCUUUCGUGGUCGGAUCCCUGACCGCGUACGCGUUCCGUACCAACCCAAAGCACGAGCUGACGCAGUUCGGCGCCGGGCUGUAUUCCGCCGGAAAUGCGCUGAGCUUGUUUUGCCUGAUGAAGAUCUUUUUCUUCAGGGGGCACCGUGCUUCCGACCUGGCCUUGUCGUGCCUUGCGACCCUCUUCUUCAGCCUCUAUCUCGUGUUCGACACCUACAGGAUCAUCGGUGGGAAGCAUCGGCAGUCGUCCAUGUUCAGCGUCAAGGAUUGGGCUAUGGCAGCUAUGGAGUUGUAUCAAGACAUAAUGCAGAUCUUUUUGCACCUUCUUUCCAUCUUUGGAGAAGUUCAGUCAUGAUGCAUAAUGCUGUUUGGUCGUGCAACUUGUGGUGACGCGUCGACGUGCACGAGGCACGCUAUUUUAGCCGCUUUGACGAAGCGGGGGGAGUUGUCGUGAGUUUUCGCUGGUGGAGGUGGAGUGAGCGGGAGUUGUGCCCGUUUGGGUGCUCUCCGUGCGGUCGCAGUCUUUGAGUGUUCGUCGCUCAGAGGACUAUGUACAUCUAUCUUUCGGUCGCCAUCUUUUAGUCUUCGUCACUUUGAGGACUAUUCGUGUCUUUCGAACUUCUACGCGACUCCUCGACCAGGGUCGCUGCCCACCUUGGUUGUGCUGAUUUUCCCGACAUGUCUAUCCGAGGAAGCGCCAAAGAAUGUCUUCGGGUGCGGUAGUUUGGUUGCAACAGUAGUAGCACAAACGUGCGAGGAGGGGACUACUGUAUCCGUAGUGUUCCACAGCAGUUAGUUUUUGGAUUGAUUGCCGUUUGUGCGAUUGAUGAUUUCCUUUCUCGCCCGUCGAGGCCAACAGACUGCCGCUGCUGUUCAUACGUUCGGGAAUUAGCGAUUGUUUUGUGUUUUUGCGAUGCUUGUGGGUCGAUUUUGUUAUCUUCACGCACAAUCUAGAAAGCUGCGUUUGCAAGGUCCAUUCAACCGCAUUGGCCGAGGCGUAGUGUGAUUCCGUACUCUUGCCAUCGAGGAUUCGCGAGCUUUGUUUUGUUUUGUGUCAAUAUAUUAGACUAGAUUGCGCUUUUCGACAACUAGCGCAACCCGUACAAAAAUUCGCGAAAUGAUCGGUCGUCCAAUCAAGAACGCCCAAUUAUCCCUUCGU